CACCUCGCCGCGCCGGGACCCAAGCCCAGACCCAAUCCCCUAAACCCGGCCCCAAACCCUAGCGCCGCCACCAUGCUGCGCCGCCUCGCGUCCGCCGCCGCCCCGCGGGCCUUCUUCUCGCCCUCCCCGGCGGCGGGCCACGCCCCGCGCCGCGAGUACGGGCUGGUCCCCAUGGUGAUCGAGCACACCUCCCGCGGGGAGCGCGCCUACGACAUCUUCUCGCGCCUCCUCAAGGAGCGCAUCGUCUGCAUCCACGGGCCCAUCGCCGACGACACGGCCUCGCUCGUCGUCGCGCAGCUGCUCUUCCUCGAGUCGGAGAACCCCGCCAAGCCGAUCCACCUCUACAUCAACUCCCCCGGCGGGGUCGUCACCGCGGGCCUCGCGAUCUACGACACCAUGCAGUACAUCCGCUCCCCGGUCACCACGCUCUGCAUCGGCCAGGCCGCCUCCAUGGGCUCGCUGCUGCUCGCCGCGGGCGCGCCCGGCGAGCGGCGCGCGCUGCCGAACGCCCGGGUUAUGAUCCACCAGCCGUCGGGCGGUGCCUCGGGGCAGGCCUCCGACAUUGCUAUCCAGGCCAAGGAGAUCCUCAAGGUGCGCGACCGCCUCAACAAGAUCUACGCCAAGCACACGGGCCAGGCCAUCGACCGCAUCGAGCAGUGUAUGGAGAGGGACAUGUUUAUGGACCCUGUGGAGGCGCACGCCUGGGGGCUCAUCGACGAGGUCAUCGAGCACCGCCCAAUUUCACUCGUUUCUGAUGCCGUGAGCAGCGAUCCGCCCAACGUUAGUGGAGGUGGAAGUGGAGGAGGGGAAAGCAAGGGAACGGAGGAGCCGUCUCCGGCUUGAUGGGUGUUUGCAAGACGGUUUAUCACCAGCUAAGCUGAUGUUUUGCUACCUGAAUUAAUCUGCUGCUGAGUGCUGAUAAUGGAUGCAAUCCUUGCUUACUUGCGUACUUAGCCAUAUCAAAGCUGAUGUUAUGUUUGUCUGAAAUCAACAUAGACCAACUUAAAGGAUAAGAGCCGCAUGUUUUACAACAGUAGGUACAUUUUUUGUUGUCAUAUUGGAGCAAGUUUGGAAUGGUAUAACACAGAUUCCUAAUUGUUGAUCCUUGUAUCUUGUGUUCGAUGUAUGUGAUUUCAUUUAAUGAGUUAUUCAUGGAUACCAUAAUUUUA